UCACACUUGUUUGCUUGUUUGCGGAAGCAAAUACGACUCACUCUCAAGCAGCAUGGUCCUGUCGGAUUACUGCGGUUACGAUGCAGAGUGCAGACUGGCGCGGUAACACGGUAAGCAAAUAUACACACAUUGCAAGGGUGAAAGUUUGCGUACCGGCUGCAAACAGCUGUUAAUGUCUUCCCGGUAGGGCGGACCGCUGCGUACCGACUUACUUUCACCCCUGGACAAGACACAGGUUAAACUGAUGAUUCAUCAGAAAAGGAGGGAAAACACAGGAAGUAAACUGCACUAGACACAAACAUACGCGUAGGGAUUAUCUACUACAAUUUAGGAAACGUGUAAUCUAUCUACAUAGUCUCUGAAACCGUGGUCUUAAUGUAUCAUUUGAAAAGUCGGGGAGAGUGGGGUAAGUUGAGCCAAAGGAUAAGUUGGGCCACCCCCUGUUUCUUGGAAAUGGUAAAAGAAAUUGAUCAUGUGACCAAAUAUUUAGGAGACGGGCAUCAAUUCAUGGAGUCUGUGAAGGUUAGAAGCACAUGGAUGAAGGGGUUAGACAUUUAUUUACAAAAAGACAUUUUUUCACUCUUAAAAGUGAAUCUAGUCUGUCAUAAGUUUUAUGAGAAUUGUGUUCAGACCAAAAAAGAUCGUUUAAAUUUGUUUUAUACAUAAAUUGUGGUAUCUAUGAGCUACAACAUGAGGCCAAAAACCUUGCAUAAAAGUCCACCAUUUUAGGACUAAUAAAGUCAUAAUAGUAAUUCUGGGGUAAGUUGAGUCAGUGGCUCAACUGAGAAAGUAAAGGAGUCUGAUGAGAGGAUCAGAGUUUCAGUUCAGAUUGUUGAAAUGUGUUACUCUUUCUUUUUAAAAAUACAGCUGUGAAUGUUCUGAAUCACUUAAAGACAUUCUCAUGUUAAAAUGACUUUUUAAAAAACAGCUUUUUAGCAGUUAGGGUGAGGGUUAUUAUACCAGUUGAAUAGUUGUGAAGAAGUGGGAGAGGUGUGUGUGUGUGUGUGUGUGUGUGUGUGUGUGUGGGGGGGGGGGGGGGGGGGUAUGCAAAUACACUAGUUAGAGACAAAACUAUGAUUACAGAACAGAAUAGACCCUGAAUAGGAUGGUCUGAAAAGCAGGGGUUUGUUAAAUGAUGACCAAACGUUAAUCUCACAGAUUAACAUUUAGCCCCCCUUUAUCUUCUUCAUUAAAACCUCUUCGCCUUGUCCAUGUUUUUGUGUAUCCUCAAUCCCACCAUGACCUGCAGGAGCAUAUUGCUGCAUGAAUUAUCUCUUUGAUUGCCUGUGUAGGAGGUACACUUACAGUAACGAGGAACCUGGGAACAGGAUUUACUGUUCCAUAUGCCCUCCAAUGACAUUACUUCAAGUGAUGAUGAUGACAGUCAUAAAUUGGUCCUGAUGGCCCAUGACAGAUAAAGACUUGCUUGGGAUUUGUUUAGGCACACUGUUAGCCCACUACAGCCUCCCUAACAUACCAUUUCAUCACUUUCAAUUAGACCAUUGCUAUGUGACGUCUGUGAUGAACUAUUGCAGCAAAUUGCAUCGAGCGCCUUUAACACUGAUUACGCCUGCAUCCACCGUUUGCUCUUCCAUGGUCUCUAAAUAUUUGGGAGGAAUAUUCAUGGGAAUAUCCCCCAAUCUACUAUGUUGUGCUCAACCUGUCACUCUCCAUCUCCUGCAGAGGCAUCAUUCCUCAUCUACCCUGUCAUCCCAGCACAUGUUCCAUUUAGCACGCAUUAAUCUCACUCAGCCUCACAUCAUUCGCUCUCGUCUUGCCCCCUUGGGAUACAACGACAGCAAAACACGCUCAGUUUGCCAAAAUUUGCCAUGGCUUUGACUUUAACUUAUAGCAGCAAUCAAAUUUUGUAUCACUUCACAAAUCAGUGUAGAAAAUUUGGGGUGUAACAGCACAGCUGAAGUCGAAUGUUGCAGUGUCCCAGCGUGGCCUUUAUUAACUCGUCUCAAUGCUCCUGAGCUAACCUUUUGAUAAGCCCUGGAGACAGUGUAAAUUAAAGGCAUUAAAUCAUGAUUUUGUGGAGGCUAAGGGUGCUCAUGGAGACAUCCCCUUCACAGUCUACUGGUCAGGGUGGAGGUGUUGCGGUGGUCAGUGCAGACAGGUCAUCCGGCAGCGGUGACGGAUGGCUUUCAUCAAGGGGCCUUUGGGCUCACUGGGGAAAUGUACAUGGAGACUGCUGCCAGAGGAGUUGAUAUUUAUCUACUAGCAGUCCAGCUAGCCAUGACACAGGGUAAGAGAAGCAAAGAUGGAGAGUUUUAAGUGGAAAGGAGCGGUUGCUUUUUUGCAAAGAAACCCUACAUGCACUGUAUGAAUUUGAUUUUACAGGUAGUUUCAAGAGAACCUGUGGAGUGUGUUGUAGAGAAGUAAGAUGUUGUGACACUGGUAAUGUCAAAACAGCUUGCCAUCAUUUAUUCCAAUAGACAUGAAGUAAAAUAGAGCCUCCAUGUUAAUUCUGCUGCCUGCUGCAGCUCCUCAACUACAGGGGGGACUACAGACCUUCAUGUAUUGCCUGGGACAUCCUAUCUUUCUAGCUCAAUAACUAAAUUGGUUUCUCCCCAAUGGGACACCCUUUGCCCCGUGUUGGAGUUAAUUCUCUGUAAUCACUAGGCAUCACUUCUGAUCCUGGAUCAGCUCUGACACAAUCAGUAACCAAGAGACACCCGUUAUCCAAUCACAGCCAUUCCUUAUAUGAAUCAGAUACACCACUUGCAUCAAAACUGCCAAAUUGGAAAUCAGAAUAAGUUUUGUUGAUGGACGGUGUUGUGCUUUUUGUUUGUGGUGCAAGUAUCGAUAGUAAGAUGGAUGAAUUGAAACAAACAGAGAGAGUUUGCAGCUACAGCAAGAAAUGUGAGACAAAGAAGACAGUAGUCAUGCAACAAAAACUUUGUUCGGCUAUUAAAGGUAUAUUUGAGCGUGAAAUUAAUUUAGGGUCAAACACACCGUAACACUGAGUUAGACACCCACUCUAGAGAUUCAUGUUGCCAACCGCUUCCUUCUCUAGUCAUACCAACUUUGGUAACGACCACACGAUAGCAAUACACAGCGGUCUGAGGAGCCAUAAACAAACCUCAACCAAAACGCCACUCUAUAGCCACAGAUAACGCUUAAAACAGCACCUAACUUCAUCAACAGUACAUAUAGGGUCCCAGCCAUAGUACUAGCCACCAAACAUCUUUUUAACUUUGCCUAAUUUCUUUAGCAAAGAGACUAAACACAACUCACCUACUCUCUUCCAGCAGCUGCUUGUUUGUAGCGAGACCUCAGGCCAGUCCAUUAUGGACUGCUGCAGGGUGACGCAGUUCAAGGAAGAACAUUUAUGAGGUGGCUAGUGCUGUGGCUAGUCAUACAUGAAUGUAUGCCUAUGUUAGCUUAGUUAGCUGUAACUUUACACAAAUAGCAAUCACUCUGAAAACUUUGUUUGUAUGCUGAUGACAGUUAGCUGCAGCUAAUGAAUUAUGUGUAAAUAAUACACCUAAAAUAUAGUAAUACAACACACAGUGGUAUUAGUAAGUCGAGGGAAUAGGACAGAAAUGACAACCUGCCAUCCCACAAGAGGAAAUGUACAUGGCAUAGAAGAUGAAGGGGGCAAAAAAUUCGGUACCACAGAGGAGGCCUGUAUUAGAACCUCUGUUGAACAACUCCUCUUUGUUUCAUAUUAAUUGUAAUCACAGAAAAGCUAUCUUGCAUGUUUUCAGCAUAGAAACAUGUAUUCCUAUGACAAGCCUGACAGCACACCUCACUGCUCUCAUUCAACACCAAAUAGAGACAGUUUGGACCGCAAUGAAACCAAUUAGCAGAUUCACAGCUUACUGUAAAACUCUUGUCAAAGGAGAUUUGCUGUUUUGAUUCUAGUAUCUGUUCCCCAACUGUAAAACCUGCCUCUGCAUGGGCUGCCAUUAAUAUCCCAUGAGGCAUUAGGGUAUGAUACUGGCCAGCAGCCAGACUCCCAGUUAUCUGUUAAAACAAUUUUGCAGGCUAUUUCAGUGAGAGGGAACUUGCUUGCCAUGCCUCUCUGAGCUUGCAUGGCAACAGCCCAGUUCAUCUUUGACAUUGUGCAUGAAAGUGAGUAUCCAACACAGGUUUUUGAACUAGUAUUUCUAUCCAGGCAAUCAUUGUUUCAUUCAUUCACAGCUUGACCAGAUUAGUUCAAGGUUUUUUUCUCUCAUCUAAAAGAACAUUAUUGCAAGUGUUUUGCUGCAAGUCUAAUAAAUGGAAUUAUACAUUCAUUAGCAGAGAAGCUUGCAUGAGUGGCUCUAAUUUGAAUUUGUUCACUCCUGAAAAUAAUUGCUUAUCUCUGUAACUGCCCCUAAAUAUAGGAUCCCUUAAUCCUUGAUAAGUGUGUAAUUGUUGCAGGAUUGGAAUUGCUAAGAAUCCAGUAUAGAAAUGCAUAUGAAUAAUGUGAUGUUAAUGAAUGGCACCCAGGUUAAUAAGACUUUUCAGGCAGCACAGCUCACAGUAGUUUCAAACUUAGAGGAGGCUGAGACUAGCAGUUAUCAUCACACACACUCCAUUCACAUUAAUGACUUCUGUAAUCAUAGAAAGUUUGUUGGUCACAUCAUGCUUGGUGAAUUUAUAGACAUUUCUGAUGGAUGAAUUGGAUUGUACUGCAUUUUUGAUGGACCCUCUGGAAAUGGAGGGGGGCGCUCUGAGAGGCAUUGACAGUUUAGAUUUUCCCCCAAUAACCAUCCCCCAUUAAGUUUUCCAUUUGCAUUUACACAAGCAUGGUGUGAGCAGACUAGCAGUCAGUGUAGCAAAGCAACUUAUCACAAAAAGAGAAAUAUUGUCAGUCACUUUUUAGUGGUGGCGACAAAGGUUUUUAGACAUGGUGGUUUCUUCCUUGGCUCGAGAUGAACAUCUAUAUAGAUAUAAGCAAAAAGUUCCUUUUUUGCAUAGAUAGUGCUUGAGGCAAAAACUGAAAAAGUUCUCCAAAAGUGUUCCAAGAGCCCUGAAAGUUCCUGGUUCUGGGGAAAAGUGCCCAAACUGUUCAUAAAACGACAACAACAAAAAGUUUCAGCCUUAAAUAACAGGCAACAGUUGCACCUCACAUAAGGCAAAAUUUGAAUCAGAACACCUGUGUCAAAGUACUAAAAAGAGUCAAUGUGUUUGUCUGUUCUUUAGUCUGUUUUGAUUGGUCUCACAGAGCUGCUGUUGUGGCUAUAAACUUUAUUGUCCUGAAACUUAAAGGUUUAAAAAUGUGUUUAAUAUACAGUAAAAUAGUAAGGACAAAAAUCCACCAGGAAAUGUGUAGAGCACAAUUUAAAAAUGAAUUGACUGAACUGUGUAAGGACAGUAUGUUUCCCGUGUCUUCUGGUCUGUGAACCUUGUGGAUGUAAUGACUGUUACUACGAACCACUGCAGUUUAUCUGUUUUUUAUAAUUGAGACUUGAACAGGUUUUACUCUCACAGCUAUUGUGUGCCUGCAAUUUGGCCACUAACUCUGAGACCACUUAAGGACUACAUUAGUGGCUUACAUAGCUGUAAAAAAAAAAAAGUCACAUUAGAGGGACAGUAGUCAGACCACUUUCAAAGGUGAUUCCUAUUUUAACAGACUUUCAUCACAAAAUUACUCACUUCUGUGGUAGACUCUUCUUUUUUUAUCAUGAUUUCAUCAUUUAAGCUCCUUUUUGGAUUUGCUGCUUUAAAUAUUUUGUCAGGUUACUGCAUCUUAUUUGAUCUAGCAUAAAUGUUUCAUGACAGGCCCUGAAAUCAAGAUGCACAGUAAAUAAAUAAAGAUGUAACUCAUGCCAAAAAUCAUUUUCUUAUUCAGGCAAAGAGCGCUGGCAGUCUAAUCAUCAUGUUUGUAUUGAGAUUGACUGAAGAGGCAGACAGGAGUCAGAUCAUUUUGCUUUGACACGCUGCACUUUGCUCAUACCUGAGGCAUUGCUAACAGCUGCAUGUGUUCUACACUUUUUCCGCAACCAGUUGUGAAAAGUUGCACCUUAAAAAAGCUAUUAAAGUGAAUAUGUCAUGAACGAGCUUCCAGCUAUUCACAUUCUGCAGAGCAAAUAAAUAUGACAACUCAUAUACAUGUAUAAUCAGCAGAUACAUUUUUGAAGGCAUUACUUUUGCUUAAAAAAUUCAAUGCAAAGAGGAGGUAGACACAUAAUAUUAGUGCUGAGUAGACUGUACCAAUAUGCUCUAAAAUCACAAUCAUGGCAACUGUAUGAUAAUAGAAUAUGUGAUAAAUAUAGUCAUGGUUUGUCAAGGAGGCUUUGUGUCUGUUUGUCUAUUUGUGUUUGUCAAUAACAUUACAGAAAUAAUUUCAGGCCCCAUAUUUAUGAAACUUGUUGGAAAACUAAAGCUUGGGCCAAGACUAAUCCUUUAAAUUUGUUCAUAUUCGGAUCUGAGUCUGGACCAACUGGUUUGGGCACGAUCCAUUUACCACUCUCAAAUCAGCAUUAAUCAUGAAUCAUGAAACACACCAAGAAGCUAUUAAGAGCAGAUUCCACUUAAGACAAAAAUCUCUCGCAAAGCAUGCAAAAGUAAUGGAUCUGUCUCUUGAAAAUAAGAUCAAAUAAAACACUGAACUGAACAUACAAAAUAGUCAUUGACAGCAGAUACGACUUUUUGUAACCUUUGGAGAAAAAGUGGACAUGUUUAAGUUGUUAUAUCAACCUAAGCUUUUGAUAUUCAUACAUACAUUAGGUUAUACUGUAUGGCUUUCUUGCACCCUGCUGUGUUAAAUGUAGGUGUCUGAUUGGUCAGAACCCCAUAACAACAUGAGUCUGAAUAGCAAAAGCAACAUCAGGGACAACUAGAGCACACACAUAAUAGCAAUUCAAACUGCAGAAAAGAGCCUGGUGUACUUAUGCAGUUCAUGAUUUUACUACUUCUUGUUGGCAGCGUGGCACAAGUGUUUGAUGAGCACAAAACCUUAAUUUCCUCAUUAACGGCUGAACUGUGACCAGCAGAAUGACAAAAAAGACGAUGUAUAGCAUCAAGGCUGGCUCUGUGUGUAUGUGUGCAUCUCUGAGUGAGUUUUUGUGAACCCGUGCCUCAACUAUUUAAGUGAAUGGCUCAUGUUAAGACCUUAACUUGAAAUUUGAUGAUCAAACUAAAACUUUAAUCUAGUUGACCCAUAAGUCUGUAAGUUAAACCACUACAAUGGAAAUGCAGACUAUUUUUGAGCUGUACAAUCAAAUCAGUUUUCAAUCAGUAAAAUCAUCUUUAGAUUAAUCCUUUGUGUCAUCUUAUUUCUAACGUUGGUAGAUGGGUAAUAAGUAGAAUUCAUGUCAGAGACUUGUCUCACCCUGAAUGAAAACCCAGCUUUGCACUACCAUGUUUCAACAUCCUUUGUCUAGUUUUUGCAACAUACUCUUGUAUUAUACUGUAUGAUGGUUAGAUUUGUAGAUUUACAUCCUGUAUCAUACAUUGAUCUUGGUGUUUGUGUACGGUCUCUGAGUUCUCAUCUGCUCUUUUAUUGAAGAAAUAGCUGAGCAAAUACAGUAAAACAAAAAUGUAAAUUCAGUUUAAGUCUGCAAUCAGCCUCGCUAACUUCUCAUCAGUAUGCCAGUGUAAGAAAAAUAGUGACAAGAGGCUGCAGAUUGAGUAAAAACUUCUGCAUACUUUUAUACCACUAACAUUUUUAGGAUCACCAAAAUAGUCUUAUUUUCCUCUUAAGAGACAUGCAUCAGGCUGCUGUCAGCCCUCAGAGGAAUUAACAUUAAUGCAAAUGUGAUGUGAUGAUGAAUAUUGUAUUAACGUCUUGUAAGACCAAAAUGAAACUGCAAAGAUGCUCACAGUGCCAAAAAGAAUCUGAGCCCUGCUACCAAGACUGUGCAUGAAAAGAAGGCUGAAUUCACUUUCUAGCACUAAAUCUGAGCACCAGCAGCCCACACACGCAGAGAGAUAGAGUAGUAGACACAAAAACACACUUACACACACACGCACACACACACAAACGCACAGAACCACAAGAGUACAGAGAAAAGGAAGCGAGAUGGAGGGACACACAGACAGUCAGAUAUGGGUAUUUUGUGAAAGAAAAAACAUGCUGCAGAAAAGUAGAGUUGAAUUUACAACAAAGAUGUGGAGGAAUUUUUAUCUUACCUCUUUUUAAACGUAUAUUUUACUGUGGAGUCAAAAAUCACAUAAACAUAUUUUCUUUUACAUUUUCAGGGGUUAGAGACACAAGGUUUUGUUUUCUUGAGGUGACGAAAUAAUCCUCCUAUCACAUUGUCCUUACAAAAAUAAACUAAUGAGCGUUUUGUAUGUGUGAUUUUGUGUAUACUGUGCUUUAUAUGCUGGCUACUGUGUGUACUGUAAGUGUCCAUGCUGGUGGGCGGCAAAAUUCAGCAGUUGAAGCCAGAGAGUCUGCGCUCCCACUAACAUGAUCACUUGACAGGACAUGCAAAUUUUAUCUUCAAAAGGAUUUAAAAUCCUCUGAAUCUCCAUUAACUGGUGUUUUUUUCUCCCCUAAUUAUGUCAUCAGUGCCAAAAUGGCAAAGGCCCAUGUUCAAUUUGACUCUUAAAAGAUUAGAGACAGCUAUGAAACACUGGGAACUUUUAAUUUACAAAAAAAAAAAUGCUCUCUGUGGUUUUGUAAUUUUUGCUCCACACAUGAUAAAAUCAAAUUUUGUGCAGCAUAGCUCAAACAAGCAUGUUGAUUAAAGAGAGAUGAGAAAUAAAGGUAUCUUCUGCUCCUGUUUAAACAGUGCAGUUAACGCCUUCAUAUCCCCCUGAAUCUGCCUCAGUUUCUGGCAAAUUCAACUCUUACAAAUGAAAAUUAUUUCUCUCAUUUGCUCAGAGGAAGUUGGUCGCACUUGUAAAAGCUCCCUCCUGAAAUAGUUUCACCCUGGGAUCUUUAAUGUUCUCUGGUACAGAAUUUGUCAGGGGGGAGUGACAGUGAUUUUGGUGUUGGAAGCAUGCUGGUUUCUUCUUGUGCUCUUACUAGCACCAUUCGUCUUUCCCAAGGUGGCUAUCUAAGAAAGGCUAAACUUGGUGGGUUUUGCAACAUUCACAAAGUAGAGGAAAUAAUGUCAAAGUGUUCAUAAGUUGAGUAAUUAUUUCCCCGAGAUAUACCACUCUCUCCUUAAUUGACAGACCUCAUCCAAGAAUACUGUGAUCUAAUUUUGCUCUACAGAUCAUUUCUAACACUUACGAUCAUUUAGAGGACCACUGUCACACCACGGGACUGAAGAGCGUUUACAUCUCUUUGUGUUGUAGCUGUCAGAUAUAUCUCUGAUCAUUUUAUUAUUGACUCUCACAUGUGACUCUUUGCUGUCUGCAGGAGACCUUGAACAGACUCCCCAAUAACAGAAGGCUAUCUCCAUAAUUGCGGUCCAGAGUGAAGAGGACCUGCUAUGCUUCGAAUUCAGCCCUCAGAUUGUUAAAGCACAUAUGUCAGCUGUUGAAUUUGACUCUGAUCCAAGGCUUGUCGGUAAUGAAACAGGGGGAUGAGGGGUGAGUCAGCCACUGGCCUUUGUUAAUUGCAUGUCUCACAUCGUCCUGGCCGGGACAGUUAAUUGGAAAAGAUCAAGGGGAUUUGCAGUGUUAAUGAGCUUCCCGUGAACCCAAGUCAUACUUUGGAUACCAGUGGAGACUCCUCUAUCUCCCACAUUCACUGACCCCUCUAUUAGAGCAAAACUUUUCAUUUCUGGAGCGAUGUGGUGGCUGACUACUUCCUCAUUUCCUGCAUUGAGCGUUUGCUCUGAAGGGAAUAGACGUUUUAUAAGUACAGAGCUGUUUGAGCAGGAUUAAUCACUUGGUCAUCUCUUUCCUGAUGUCAUUGUGCAUUUGGGUACAUUAUUUAGUACUUCAAGAUGCUCAUAUUUGAAGAUAUUCUUGUGUAUGUUAUUUUUGUUCACGAAGCUAGGGUUAAUGCGCUUAAGUCAUCAGACUGUCAGAAAUCAUGAUGACCAUAAAACACACAUUACAUAUUUAAAUAACCUCUUAAGUUUUUUUUUUUUUUUGUAAAAUUAUCACCAUAUAGAGUACCAGAAGAGUGUGUUUAAAGUCCCACUCCAAUCGUUUUUUUUUUUUUACAACUAAAAGUGUGUUCAGACGUCUUUAAAUUGUGAUUAUGAAGGUUUUUUUAAUUUUAUUUUUUGCAUGCUCAUCUCCUCCUUAUUUGAUCCUCCUAACCAUCUUCACGUGAUUCCAUUUUUCCAUUUCAGCACCCUGAAAGCUCUGCUCUUUUUACUGGGUGUGGCUCUGUUUUGUGUUACUAUGGCGAUACCAAAACUAACCCUCUGUGUUCUAGAACCUUCUGACAGGUCUGUAUGCCUGAUCAGAAAAUAACCGGGCCAAUCAGAGACUUCGUUUUCACUGUUACCCGGACAACAGGGAAAGGCAGCCCCUGAUUGGUCCAUGUACUACUGUAACCAAUCACCAUAACCAAGCAUCUGUGAUGUUGUCAGAUGCUUUUCACUGGGUGUGGCUCUGUUUUGUGUUACUAUGGCGACAGGUCACAGUGUUCCGUCCUUGGGGGUUUAAAAACAAAUCAGGCAGUCUGUAGCUUCAGACGACAGAUACUGUUGACCAGUGCGCAUCUGAUUGAUCUCUCUCUUGUACGUCAAGAAUCUUACUAGUCAUGGCAUUUGUCGAAGGCAGUAGAGGCAUAUACAGGCCAAUAAGGGUGAUGUUUGAAACCCCAAUUUACAAAGAAGCCAAGCAGAUCUGCUGGAAUCCUCCACCGUACAAAGUCAAGGUGGCUCUCAUGGUUGAACUCCUUCAACUGCAGCAGAACAACCAGCUACCCGCUGAGCUGACCGCUGAAAGUAUGGCUAACCUGAUGGUGGAGGAAAGCAAGAACUCACUCCGAGUGCAGCUGUGGGAGUUUGAGCUGCAGGGAUUCGAUAAGGAUGUCCAGCCUCUGUUGGAGCUGGUGUGGGAGGUCAACACCAGCCUGCUGAAAAGAGAUGUGGAGUUUGAAGCCAGAAAACUGCUCGACUCCCCGUACUCAAUACCUCCCUCUUACCAGCAUCCGAAGAUCCGCAGCAAAGCCCAGGAGUAUGCAAAGAUCCUGGUGGAGCAGCUGCAAAGAGGUCCAGUCUGUCAGAGUUUGAGUCCUCGAGAGGUGGUCAUCGAACUGGUUCCUAAAGUCCUUCAGGUCCUCUGGAAACCGAAAAGGAGCAUUGCUCGGGAAAUGCCCUCAGAGCAGCUGAGUGAGAUGGCUGUUGGAGUCACGAAAGCCGUCCUUGAUCGUGUUUCUGAUUCCCUAUCACCUCUUCAUGAGGCCACCUUCUCUCAGUCCAUCAGAGACAACAUGGUCCAGGCCAUCGAAGCAAAGGUGAGGCAGAUGUUCCCUCCAGACCAUCUGAGGAGGAAGGUUAACUGUUUUGAAGUGGAGGUGCUCGACAUCAUCACAAGUGUUUCAGCAGAGUCCGUCUGUCAGCUGUUUGAGCAUCAGAGUCAAACAGUUGAUCAGGAGCUGGCAAACAUCAGCCAAACCCUGAGUGCUGCACCUCCAGUCACAGACUCAGUUCUGCCACGCAGCAAAAAUGAAGAACCAAACAGUGAACUGGACCCUGCAGAGCAAACUCCAUAUUCCCAUGAGGCCCUUCCAGCUGUAGCUACAGCCCCAGUUUCAGUUCUGGAGGGCAAGGAUAUGGAGGAGGAGUCCAUUAGAGAUCCAGAGCCUGCUUUGGGAAAGCCUCCAACGCUGUUUGAACCUGAAACUGAGGAUACAGUCAGUAACCAAGAGCCAGGCCAGGAAGCAGAACCUGCCAAGGAUGAUUCUCCACCGUCUCCUGCAGUCUGUCCUGAUGAGCCAUCCAUCACCAGCCAGGCUAUUUCACCUGAGCCCUCACCAUCCUCUGAGUCUGUCGAGGCUCAUCUCCCCUCUGUCACCCUGCCAGCUGAACUUCCAGUCCUGGUUUCAAACCUGGAGGGUGUGAAUAAAAUUGAGGAGUCAGAAACCAAAGAUGAGCCUCCAGUCCUAGUUUUGGACCUGGAGGGUGUGGACAAAAUCGAGGAGCCAGUCACAGAGGUCUUGUAUAUUUUAUCUAUUUUUUGUAUUUCUCUGUAUUGCUUGUAUCGGCUGCUACAACAACCAAAUUUCCCCUCGGGGAUUAAUAAAGUUCUCUAUCUAUCUAUCUAUCUAUCUAUCUAUCUAGGAUGACCCAACAACCCAGACCCUGAUGGUGCCAACUCCAUCACCUCCUGUGAUCACGCCCACAGAAGCGUCCAUCACAGCUGCGGUCUCGGAGGAUGAGAUUGUGCAUGAGCAGUCCACCACAGAGCCAGAUCUCCAGACCCCAAAUGAGACUGUGCAGGUCCAAGUCAAAACAUCUAGAAUGAGGAGGAUCCUGAGGUGGUUCAGGAGGAUCUGCUGCUGCUGCUGCAAGCUUCCCGAAGACUGAGAAUUCUCAGUCGGAAUAUUUCUGUC